GAGAUCAUCCACAAGCUAAAGGCUACAAUAAUAUCUCUCUCUCUCUCUCUCUCUCUCUCUCCCUUUCUCUCUCUCAGAAGACAUUGAGAAGUAUCUCAGAUCCAAAUCAAUUACACACUUCUGAGAUCCAAUCAGAAACAAUGUCUUCGACUUUCAGCGGCGACGAAACUGCUCCCUUCUUCGGCUUCCUCGGCGCUGCUGCUGCCUUAGUCUUCUCCUGUAUGGGAGCAGCUUAUGGUACAGCGAAGAGUGGGGUAGGGGUGGCGUCAAUGGGUGUGAUGAGGCCGGAGUUGGUGAUGAAGUCAAUUGUGCCGGUUGUUAUGGCUGGUGUUUUGGGUAUUUAUGGAUUGAUUAUAGCUGUGAUUAUUAGUACAGGGAUUAACCCGAAAACCAAGUCUUACUAUCUUUUUGAUGGAUAUGCUCACCUUUCUUCUGGUCUUGCUUGUGGUCUUGCUGGCCUUUCUGCUGGUAUGGCCAUUGGAAUCGUUGGUGACGCUGGUGUUAGAGCCAAUGCACAACAGCCAAAGCUUUUUGUCGGGAUGAUUUUGAUUCUUAUUUUUGCUGAAGCCCUGGCUUUGUAUGGCCUUAUUGUUGGAAUCAUCCUCUCUUCUCGUGCUGGUCAGUCUAGAGCAGAGUAGAAGAAGAGAAUGUUGUGCACCAUUACUGUGAAUUAUCUUUGUGUUUUUCAUGGAUAAGCUAGUCUGGCUGUUGAAUUAAAUUUCCUUUUAUCUCUGGGUUGCAAGAUUCUGUACUUGAUUGCUUGGUUAGAAGAAUUGGUUCAUAUGUGCGGUUCUGCUAUAGAUUAGAUCUCUAAAUAAAGAAGUCGGUUAAUCUGAUGCCCCAACUUUCAAGGACAACGGGUUUUUGUGAAAUGCCACUGUAUCAUUUUUUCUCAACUUGAAUUCAAGUUUUUAUUAUUCUGUACCCAGUUUUAUCU